AUGGUCCCUGAAUGGGAAGCUGUUUCACCUCAUAACGAACACACUAGGUUCACCCAAGGUGGACCUUUUCAUGACUCCGGACAAUGCCCAACCUCCGCGGUUCUUUACCAGAUACUACCACCCUCAAGCGGAGGGCACGGAUGCUCUGAUGACUCUGUGGCCCAGAGGACUUCUCUACGCUUUUCCCCCAGUCCCAGUUCUACCGAGACUUCUAUGAAGGAUUCAUCUUCUCAAGGCACACGUCAUAGUGGUGGCACCAUACUGGCCGAGAUGCCCGUGGUUCACGUACCUUUGUUAACUGGCGGUAUCACAACCUCUUCGACUUCCAGCAGCACCAGACAUGCUGAUACAGGGUCCUGUUUGGCACCCCAAACCGGAGUUGUUCUCUUUGACCGCCUGGGAAUUGAAAGGCAGCGACUAACAAAGAUGGGCUAUAACUCCCAGGUCGUUGAUACCAUCAUGUCAUCCAGAUGUCUUUCAACCACCAAGAUCUAUAAUUGUACUUGGAAAGCCUUCGUCCGAUGGGCCAGAAGGAAGGCAACAGACCCUUUGCAUCCUGAAUUGGCCUCCAUAUUGAGCUUCUUACAGGAUGGUAUGGACACUGGUCUGAGGGCAGCGACUCUAAGAAGACAGGUUGCAGCAUUAGCUUCGAGGAAGAAUUUACCACUUCUUUUGAGCAUUGGUUUACUGAUCUUCUGGGGAACUUUGCUGCUAGGUUUUCGCUUCUACUGGAUGGGGAACAAACCUCCCAGCUUUUCCAACUCCGACAACCCAGCAGCUGAUUCAGACACUUUUCUAACACGAACUCUGACUUUUUUUUACCUACCAACCAAAAACCUUUGGCUAUUGCUGUGCCCGGACACCCUUAGCUUUGAUUGGUCCAUGGAUGCUGUGCCUCUUCUCAAAACAGUCAGUGACUGGAGAAAUCUACACACAGUGGCCUUUUAUGCUGGACUUCUCCUUCUUGCUUACUCUGGUUUGAAAAGCUCCAGCAAAGAGAGAGAAAGCAAUGGGAAAAAUAUAACAAAUGGCAAGCCGAAUAGCAAUGGUCAUAACUUUGUAUCAGAAAUGGAAUGCAAAAGCUUGGACAUGAAGUCCAGCUUUCUGUCUAAAGAAGAAAAUGGCAUUAACAAACACUUGCCACAGAGACCACAGCUUCCUUCAACUGAGAACAUUGUAGUUCUGUCUCUCUCCAUGUUAAUUGUGCCCUUUAUUCCAGCCACAAACCUGUUUUUUUAUGUCGGCUUUGUAAUAGCAGAGCGUGUGUUGUAUAUACCUAGUAUGGGCUUCUGCCUGCUGAUUACGGUGGGCACCAGGGCCCUCUAUAUAAAAACCCAAAAGCGCUUUCUGAAGAACUUGAUUUUUUUUGCCACUGCUGCAUUAAUUUUUUUGUAUGGACUGAAGACUUUUGUCAGGAAUGGAGACUGGCAGAAUGAAGAGAUGCUGUAUAAAUCAGGGAUAAAAGUAAAUCCAGCUAAAGCAUGGGGUAACCUUGGAAAUGUUCUAAAGAGCCAGAGCAAGAUUUCUGAAUCUGAAAGAGCCUAUAGAAAUGCCUUGUAUUACCGCAGCAACAUGGCUGAUAUGCUUUAUAAUUUAGGAUUGCUGCUGCAGGAAAGCAGCAGAUUCUCAGAAGCUCUACAUUACUAUAAAUUGGCCAUUGGAAGCAGACCUACUUUAGCUUCUGCCUAUUUAAAUACUGGUAUCAUCUUGAUGAACCAAGGAAAGGCAGAAGAUGCCAGGAGGACAUUUUUAAAGUGUUCAGAAAUCCCUGAUGAAAAUUUAAAAGACCCCCAUGCUCAUAAGAGCUCUGUCACCAGCUGCCUUUACAAUCUGGGAAAACUCUAUCAUGAACAGGGACAGUAUGAGGAUGCCCUCACAGUUUACAAAGAAGCAAUACAGAAGAUGCCAAGGCAGUUUGCACCACAGAGCUUGUACAACAUGAUGGGAGAAGCCUAUAUGAGACUCAGCAGAUUACCUGAAGCAGAACAUUGGUAUGUGGAAUCACUACACUCCAAAACAGACCAUAUCCCAGCUCAUCUUACGUAUGGGAAACUUCUAGCUUUAACGGGUCGUAAGAAUGAGGCCGAGAAAUAUUUUUUGAAGGCAAUUCAACUGGAUCCAACCAAGGGAAAUUGUUACAUGCAUUAUGGUCAGUUUCUGCUAGAAGAAUCGCGCUUAAUAGAAGCAGCAGAGAUGGCAAAGAAAGCAGCUGAGUUGGAUAACACAGAGUUUGAUGUGGUUUUCAAUGCAGCCCACAUGCUCAGACAAGCUAGCCUCAAUGAAGCAGCUGAGAAGUACUAUAAAAUGGCAGCAGAACUGAGACCUAAUUAUCCAGCUGCCCUAAUGAAUCUGGGAGCAAUUCUGCAUCUUAAUGGCAAACUCCUAGAGGCUGAGGCAAACUAUCUCCAUGCCCUUCGGCUUAAACCAGAUGAUGUCAUCACACAGUCAAAUCUACGCAAACUCUGGAAUAUUAUGGAAAAACAAGGCUUAACGACAUCCAAGACAUGA